GAAUACGGGUGCUGGCAGAACUGGCGUGAUCGCUUUUGUCGCCAAAGCCAGAGCAAAAGCCAGAGAUAAUAAAAACGGAAUAUUAACGAUAUCAAACGUAAAUUUGGGCUUUAUAUGGAUAUAUUAUUUAAAUUAAAUUAUUAUUGAACUUAUUUUUAGCAAUAAUAUUGAUGUAAAGAGAUAAAUAUAAGUAUAACAAGUAAUGUAAAAACUGACAAAUUUUGACGUUUUGAGGUUGACUUAAAUCGGCUAAACACAAAAAUCCCUAGCGUGAAGCAAUAGCAAAUCCAGAUUCCAGACCUUUUCCAGAGUAAAGCCAGACUUGUGAAAAAGACAUUUAUUUAUAACAAUAGCACUAACUAUUAAUAAACAAUAUUAAAUUAAUAAAUUUUGAUGACUUUUAAAGACUUUUUUAUUGUUAAAAUUAAUGUUUCGCCGCGAUGAAAAAGCUGAAACAAUUUCAACACUUAUUGAAAAUGUUCUUGAUCAACAUUCACUACUUAAUAAACUCGUUGCAUUCUCUGGUGAUAAUACCAACACAAAUUUUGGUGGUCGUAAACGAGGAGGACAAAAUAAUAUUUUUUGUUUAUUAAAAAACAAAAUAAAUACGAAUCUUGUGGGAGUAGGAUGUCCUGCUCAUGUUCUCCAUAAUGCCAUUGAACAUGCUCUUGGUCAAUUCGGUUUAUAUGAUAUUGAUUCCAUAGUUUUGAAAAUUCAUAAUUAUUUUAAAAUAUAUACAGUGAGAAUAAGUGAAUUACAAGAAUUCUGUGAAUUUGUUGAUAUUACGUUUAGAGAUUUGUUGUAUCACAGUAAAACCAGAUGGUUAAGCUUAAUGCCAUGUGUACAUAGGAUGUUACAAAUGUUUCCAGCUUUAAAAUCUUAUUUUUUAUCUCAAGAUGAACCACCAAAAAUUUUAGCAAAGUUUUUUGAAGAUGAUAUUUCUGAAUGUUAUUUGUUUUUUGUACAUUCAAUCAUGUCUGUUUUUCACAAUAAAACAGCACAAAUAGAAAAAGAAAAAAACAGUAUUCUUGAAGUAAAAGAUAUAAUAAAUGAGGUCAUAAAUUUAAUGGCAGCUCGAUCUCAAGAAGGUUUUGUGCCUGUUGGUUGUAAAAAAAUAUUGAAACAGUUGAGAGAAAAUGGUCAAGAAAAAAUGUGUGAUAAUUUUGAAAAGAAAAUGAUUGAAACGUAUCGAGCAGCUGAAAAUUACUUGAAGCAAUGGACUGACCAAUUUAAUGAAUUUGAAGUAUUCGAAUGGAUUAACUUGAAAAAAGAUACUGAACUUGUAUAUAAUCAAGUUAGUGAUACUAUGCUUUACCUUGAAAAUAAAAACAUUAGUAUUGUAGAAGACAAACUUUUUGAUCAAUUUUUAAAUUUAAAAAAUUUUUGGAAAUCUAAAGAAAAUAAUGAUGAAUUUUUUAAGCAAAGUUGUGAAAAAAAAAUUGUUGAUUUUCUCGUUUCAAAUACUUGUGAAGAAAGCUGCUCUGAAAUUAUAAAAAUCACAGAAUAUUUUUUUGCUAUACCAGGACAUAAUGCCAACUGUGAAAGAGUAUUUUCCAUGAUAAAUGCACAGUGGACGAGUGAAAGAAACAAAUUUCUUGUGAAAAAUAUAAAACACUUAAUAACUGUACUAUAUAAUUUUAAAAAUUAUUCAUGUAUGGAUUUCUGUAAAUAUUUAAAAGAAGCAGAUAAUGAAAAUAUACUAAAAAAGAUAAGUUCUGCUCAGAAAUACGAGACUGAAAAAAUUUAAAAUAAUUAUUCAAUAAUUUAUAAACAAAUGUAUUGAAUACAUAUUAAUAUAAUAAUGUAUGUAACUAAUGAACAUUAAUAAAAAAUUCUUAUUUUCGUGUUAAAACUUUUUUGGGGGGGAAAGGGGGGGGGGUGCUUGACAAAAUGUCCUGAUUUGGUGUUCGGCGCAUAUGGUAACCCUAGUUUCGCGUGAAAAAAAAAAAAAAAAACACAUCAGUCUCUAGCAAUACAAAAGCCAGAGAAAAGCCAGACUUUCUGGCUUUACUCUGGAAAAGGUCUGAAAUCUGGAUUUGCUAUUGCUUCACGCUAGGGAUUUUUGUGUUUAGCCGAUUCAAGUCAACCUCAA